GUCAACAAUAUUCUACCAUUUUCUUUGAUUUCUAAAAAUGGCCUCAUCAAAGUUUAUUUCAGUUAUGUUAAUGUUUGUGACAAUCAUGGUUUUGAUUAAUGUGAUGAUUGUUGGAGCAGCAAAAACAUGGUGUGUGGCAAAGGAGGGAGCUGAUACCACAGCAUUACUUAGUGCUUUAAAUUAUGCAUGUGGAGCUGGAGCUGAUUGUGAGCCUAUUCAGUCCACUGGACUUUGUUUUAAUCCAGACACUAUCGAAGGUCAUGCUUCCUAUGCUUUUAAUAAUUACUAUCAAAUCAAGAAGCAAGCCGGUGGCUUUUGCGAUUUUGGUGGCAGUGCAACCAUUGUUGAAAUUGAUCCAAGUAUGCAUAUCAAUACUCCUUUAAUUAGACCGGAGAUGGUACAACAGACUACCGAUAAGGUCAAGAGGAUAAAGGAGAAAAUGAAGAUUUCACAAGAUCGUCAGAAGAGUUAUGUGGACAAGCGUCGUAGGCUACUAGAAUUCGAACAGGGUGACCAUGUGUUUCUUAGAGUCACGCCUACGACCGGAGUUGUUAAGGAAAUAUCUUGCAGACCUGUCUCAUGUGACCGUACCAAACACAAUUCAACUGAAGGAUAA